AUGUCGCUCUUGUAUAAAAAUUCAGCAAUCCUUAUUGUUCUUGGAUAUUUGGACAAAACGGAGCAAUUGUACUUUCAAUUAAUCAAUAAACGAUUCUAUGAGAAGAUAAUACCUUUACUUUUCAUGACUAUGAAAGUUCCUAUUGAGACAAGAGUUUUCAGGUGAAAAUCAGGUCAAACUGAGUAUGUUGAAUAUAACCUAGAUGCUGCAGAAUUCACACCAGAUUCAUUACCAGAAAGCCCUUAUUCAUACAGAAAAGAGUGUAUACAGAAGCCAUUCAAAAGCGUAUUCUCUAUGAGCGGAAUGAAUAUGCAAUUCCCAUUAAAUCAUAAGCACGCAUUCACAUCGGAUAAUAGAUUAUUUGUAAUUGGUGGUACAUUCAAUCUUACAAAUGCCUACAGAGAAACGUAUGAAGUACUUCAGAAUCAUGAAUUAAUUGAUAAACAAUCUUUGAACACGCCAAGACACUCUUUCGCAUGAAUAAGUGUGUCUACUUCGAUUUUAGUAUUAGGAGGAUACUUCUCUAGAUCUAAAACUCUUUCAUCCUGAGAAAUCUAUAAUUCUCUCUUGGAUGAAUGGGUAUAUUUACCGAAUCUAAACUAUUCAAGGGGAUGAAUGGGGGCAUGAACUUUUAAUAAUUACAUUUACUACUUUGGAGGAGCUACAAAGAUGAACUCGCAAUUCCACAAUACAAUAGAAAGAUUAAAUAUUUCCUCUAUCACUCAUGGUAGGAAAGUGCCAAUAGAUUUGUAUCAAACAAGUCUUGAAUGGGAAGUGAUUACUCCAAAAUUUAGUACUGAGAAACUAAAGGCAUUCAAUCUUGGCUGAUGCCAAAUAAAUAAUCAAGAGAUACUGAUCUUUGGAGGAGCAAUACCUAAAUCUAAACCAGCUAUUUAUGUAUCUCAAAGCUCUAGAAGCACUUUUAUUUUCAACACUAAGGAAUGAUCCCUAAAAUUCUUUGAUGGAGACACUGAGGAAGAAGAGAAGAAAGUGCUUGAUUAUGAAGCAGAGGAUUAUUGAUUACUCGAAAAAGAUAUUUUCUACCAUAACGACCAGAUCUUAUACAAGAACAAAGUAUACUGUCUCGGGAAGGAAAACUUCCAUAUAUUUGACUGUGUUUCAAAGACCUGGGAAUAUGCUCUAAACUACCAGCCAUCUCUGACUCAUAUAAAUAGUGAAAAUGAUAAAUAA